CCCUCGACUCGAACAGAGGCGAGCGGCGCCUCUCUCCUCCUCCCGAUCCCCUCCCUCGAUCUCCCUCUUCCCUCCACCAUUUUCGCGGAUCUUUGGGGCAAAUCGAAGAGUCCGGAUGGCCGAGGAUGAGGACAAUGGACGUUUGUAUACUGGGCUUGACCUUGCUUUUGACAUGGACCAUCGUGCCCGUGCUAUCGAGCGUGGAGAGAAAUUUGCUGUCGUCCGCUUUAGGAGCCACACGACGGAAAACCAGAUGCAAUAUGACGUGUGCUAUGAGCCGUACUUUGAGCGUGCCGGGCUGCUGCCAUUUGUUCUUCAGUUCAAGCGUGUGCCGCCGUCGAUGUGCCAUUCAGUUCUCGCCGCCCUUGUCGAUCGUUGGCGGCCGGAGACACACAGCUUCCAUCUCCCUUGUGGCGAGCUGACGGUGACGUUGGAGGACUUUGCCAUGAUCACCGGGCUUCCCAUUGACGGCAAGGCUCUCACCGGAAGAGUGGACGGCAAGAGCUGGCGUGCGAGGGUUACUGCUCUCAUCGGUGACUGCUCGACCUCUCUUAGUGCCCAGGGAAGGACUGACAACAGGACAAACGGCGUCCCAUUCCCUUGGCUCGAGCAUCAUAGGUCGGGAUGCUCUGAAGAAGCCAAUGAGGAGAUCGUGGAGCAGUAUGCUCGAGCGUACGUGUGGCACCUCCUAUCACAGGUGGUCUUUGGAGACUGCUCUGGAGACGUUUCUCCUUGGAUGUUUCUUGACUUCUUGGCCGACUGGGACGAGAAGUACAGCUGGGGGUCUGCUGGGCUCGCCUACUUAUACCGUCUGGUAACAAGUUAUGCAAAUAUCCAUUAA